UCAUGGUGUUUAUUAGCGGAUUCUUCAGGAUGAAGGCGCUGAUUUUUCUACACAUAACAGUGUUAGCAGGAGUGUGUGUGGCGCAGCAGGAAUGUUGGCGUGGCGCAUGUUACCCCCCUUUGGGUGAGAUACUGUUGGGUAGAGAGGGUGAACUUAAAGCUACCUCUACCUGUGGCCUGAAUGGCAUCGAAGUCUUCUGUACACCUUUUGGACAGGGGAGAAUGAAGUGUUGUCCAUGUGACUCCAGGAACCCGGAGGGUCGGGAUGCCCACACAAUCCAGAAUGUUCUGAGUUCUGCCGGAGCCGAGCGAUGGUGGCAGUCCAGAAAAGAUGUGAAUCCUGUCACUAUAGAGUUGGACCUGAAGCAACUGUUUCACCUGGACACUCUGCUACUACACUUUAAGGGUCCCAGACCGGAUGCUCUGAUAAUCGAGAGGUCGUCAGAUUUCGGACAGACGUGGAGUCCUGCCAUCUACAUGGCCACCGACUGUACGUCCACUUUCCCACACGUCUCCACGGCAACAACCUAUGACCUCGACAGCCCUCACUGCUAUACCCUCCCCUCCAACAGAAACAAUCCCUACCAGGACCAACGGGUGAACUUCCAUCCACUGCUGCAGUUCUCCAACGUUCUCCUGCCACAGGAACGAAAGAUCCAGAAGUUGUCAGGCUACACGGGGCUGCGUAUAAAUCUGACUCGAUUUGGGGAGGUGCCUUACACACCCGGCCGACACCCAUCACGCUUCUACGCCCUAAAGGAGGUGAAGGUGACCGGCUCCUGCUUCUGCCAUGGCCACGCCCAGCGCUGCCUGUCUGGCCCCGCCUCCAAUUACCUGCCCAGCAUUCAGGUAAAUGGAGUGUGCGAUUGUCAGCACAACACGGCGGGAGUGAACUGUGAGCGCUGUGCAGACCUGUUCAAUGAUCUACCAUGGCAACCAGCAGAGAGGGACGACUCACACACCUGCCAACGGUGUGAGUGUAAUAAUCACGCUGAUCGGUGUUAUUUUGAUUCUGAGCUGUACGAGCGUAGCGGGCGGAAGACUGGCGGAGUGUGUGAGGAGUGUAAACACAACACUGCAGGAAUCCACUGUGAACUUUGCGCUCCUAACUACUACAGAAAUCCCUACAGUAACAUGCAGAGAUCCGAUACCUGUUUACCAUGUCAGUGUGACAGUGCAGGAUCAGUGGGGUGUGAUGAGGUGACAGGAGUGUGUCGGUGUAAGGAUAAUGUGGAAGGACCGCGCUGUGACCGCUGUAAACCUGGAUACUUCGGCCUCAGCGGUUCCGACCCGCUCGGCUGCUCCAAGUGCUCCUGCGAUGCGGCGGGUUCCAUUCAUGGCGACUGUGAUGCCGUGACAGGACAGUGUGUUUGUCAGCCCGGCGUGGAGGGAAGGUCAUGUGACCGCUGUGCUGAGGGAUUUUGGAACUCACCGUCAGGCUGCCAGAGCUGCAACUGUGACAUCACCAACACCAUCAACAACAAAUGUGAUCAGCUGACGGGUCAGUGUGUGUGUCGCCCUGGUUUCGGGGGUCGGACCUGUAGCGGUUGCCCGGAGAACACGUACGGAGACGCGCUGAGCGGCUGUAGAGCCUGUACCUGUGCCAGGGCGGGCACCGUGCCGGGUGGGUGUGACAGCCGUACAGGUGAGUGUGUGUGUAAGGAGGGCGUGGUUGGUAAGACGUGUGAUAGGUGUAGUAGAGGCCACUGUGACCUGUACCCCCAGUGCCCCGUUUGCCCGUCCUGCUUCUUUUCACUGGACAGUGAGCUGAAGAAUCUUACGCUCUGGCUCAACCGCCUCUCCAACACCAUGCCGGGCACAAGCGACCCCGCCCACCCACGCACACUCCAGCGCAUCACACAGGCGCAACACACACUCCGCCGAAUCACCCAAUCACUGCUGCAGCUCCCCAACGACGGAGACCUGUACACCAUCCACGAAAACCGGUCCCGUACACUGCGGUCACAGCUGAUGAAGAUCACUGAUGGGCUGAGGCGAGGUGCAUUUUCUCCUCCAGACCUGCAGAGGGAGCUGCGCACACUGCAGGAUCAGCUCUCUGAUCUCCAUGUGGUUUAUGAUGCCAAGAAAAAUGCUGCCAUUCACUUCGACGAUUCUAAUUACCUGGGAGUUUUAGAUGCUGUUAAAAACGCCUUCAGCAGAUCAGCGGACGCAGAGAAGCUCGCUAACGGGGCGCCGCAGAUCAUCAACACAUCCGCUUCAGUCAGAGACGCCGCCGUGACAAACCUGAACCGCAUCCAGCCCAACAACACCAAGAACCUACAGAAACUCCUACAGGACCUGGCAACCCGUCCCAACCUCACACCUACAGCCGUACAGGUGUGUGGGAGUAAACGCGUCUCACCGUGCUCACCGCACCAGUGUGAGGGGGAACUGUGUCCAGCAGAGGGAGCGCCCCCCUGUGCUCAGGGUGAGAAGUGUGUCGGGGCGUUACCAUGGAGUCACCGGGCGGGGCAGGACUCAACAGAGACAAAGAAGAAACUGCAGCAACUCAACGACAAGAUCAGCCAGGCGUACACACAGAUACAGGAAUCUCAGAGCUCCACCAAUCAGGUCAGACUGUCCACAGACGAGCUGGCCAAUCAGAUGAAGCGUUCCCGUGAUGACAUUAAUGAUGAACUGAAAGACGUUAAGAACUUCCUACAGAAGCUAAAGGACUUCCUGUCAGACCCCUCCUCUGACCCGGCGGUGGUACAGCGAGUGUGUGAUGGUGUUUUGGGGGUGAAGUUGCCCGACACAGUGGACGCCCUAAAGAAGAAGCUGAAGGAGAUUGAGGGCGUGGCCUCCUCACUGCCCGACAGCACCGCGGUCCUUAAGACCGCCGAGUCACAGCUCGAUCAGGCACACAGACUCCUGCAGGACGCUGAGAAAGCUAGGGACACGGCGCUGGGGCUGCAGGACAGUACUGACGGGGUUCUGGUGUCUCUAAACGAGGGUGAGAGCGCCCUCAAUGACAUGGAGGACAAACUGCAGCGGAGCCUGGACCUCAUCAACAACGCCAAACAGAACGUUGCCAAGGUAGAGUGGCAGCUGGUACCUGCAGAGGGGUUAGUGAAAGAGGGAUCAGAUUUAGUGGAGUCACUGCGCCCCCUGCUGGAUUCACUGAGGGAGGAGGAGCUCAGAGGGAGGAAACUCGCGGAGGAGGCAGCGGAACAAGCGGAGGGAGCAAAACACGAAUCUACUGCUGCUGCACGGGACCUGGCGUUACUGCAGGAGCAGUUGGAGAAGCUAAAGCAGAACGCUAACCUGAACAGCCUGAGCAAUACAGCAGGAAAUCGUUUACACACUUUACAGGGCGAGGCUACACUGCUGAUUCAGGACACAGCCGAUAUCAUGAGACUACUCACAGAUAAAGAGGCGUCACUGCAGGGGGCAAGGGGCGAGCUGAUGAGCCACGCCCAACACCUGCAUGCUUCAGAGGCUCGACUGAGAGAGCUAAUCAACAACAUCAGCGCUAAAGCUAAUCAAUUAGCCGUCUGUCAGGGCUAAACACACACAAACUCACACAAACUACCACACGGCCUAACAUACACCAUAACACACACUGUUACACACACACCGUAACACACACCAUAACACACUGUUACACUAUAACACACGCUGUAGCACACACACUGUAACACACACACCAGAACACACUGUAACACACACACUGUACCAUAAUAAUGUAAUACUGUUACUAUGGAGUGUUUCUGUUUUUAUUGUUAUUAAAUACGUUACAAAUACAAA